CACUUUGGUUUUAGGCUUUAUGAGGCGAACUUUAUGUUUCCAGGAUUAAGAGAGAAAAUGGGACCUUGUUUUAUGAACAAACUUGCAGUCGCUGCUGUUUUACUCUGCAGCGCACCAGCAGGGGGCUACGUGUACCAGAUGAUUUCCGACUGCGAGUACAGUGACGACAUCACCGACGUCGUCUACUUCGUGAAAAACGUGUUUAACCAGAAGCUUAAUAACAUUUACGACUCUCGACUUGGGACGUACGUCGGCUUUGGAGAGUAUGGCAUGAUAAACGCAAACCACUAUAACAACCAGAGCUGGAAAAUGAAGUUAAGAAAGCAGGAAGUGGAGACGCUUUGCAGAUACAACGCAAGAUUGUUCAGAAAGAGCAUACUGGAUAGAAAAGUGCCUCCAAAUGUCAAGGUCCGUCAGACCAAGCCGGCUGACUACGGGGAGCGGUCCACGCUGGAGUGCAGUGUUUGGGGGUUUUAUCCCCAGGAAGUGAUGGUGAGCUGGCUGAGAGACGGGGAGGAGGUCACUACCGACGUCUUUACUUCAGACGUUCUGGCCAACGGCGACUGGAGCUUCCAGUUUCACUCGUACCUGGAGCUGACGCUGAAGAGAGGGGAGAGGGUGAGCUGCAGGGUGGACCACAGCAGCCUGAAGGAGAGCCUGGAGGUGGAGUGGGACACCUUCCCUGUGGAUGUUAGACGUGCGAAGCUGGCGGUGGGGAUCGUGUUCUUCCUCGUCGGCCUGGCUGUAGCUGCCGGUGGAGCAGGUUACUACUGGUGGAAGCAGAGGUUUCACGGCAGCCGACUGAGCUCAUAAACACAAACCUCCCCGUGCUGCUUUCAAAAUUCGACAGUUUUUACAGUUUUACCAGAAGCCAACUCUUGACACAGGAAUGAAUAAUAAAAUAAAAAUCCACCACUGAAUUCUUUAAAACAUCUUUAAAAAGCCCACAAAAAGACAAAAAGCAAAGCCCUCGACAUGCAUUCUGCUGUGCUUGACCUGCGGUGGAGAUAAACGGCGCCGUGGGAAGGUGACAUGCUGUUGUUGUUCUUUGUAAUUCGCAGCAGAGCGCCUCUUUUAUCAUUUUUGUCAACCAAGGACUCGACUGACAUAUUAUCCUUCAAACUAGCCCCAUAAAUUGUUCCGGCUUUGUGUUAUGAUCAUUCUGUAGGAUUAAGAUGUCAGAGCUGUCACUUCCGAUAGUUCUCACCUUGGAGGAAGAUUCAUAUCCUCGUGUCACAUCUGCGUUUGUUACAUCCACGUGAACUAAAACACGGCAUCAGACGGACACACAGGUUCUGUUAUUGGUCCCGUUUACAGAGCGUAAUCUGUAGAAAAUCAAAUUAAGCGCUGAUGCAUACAUUACAUCCCACAGCCAGAUAGCGUGCUCGGAGCUUUAAUUCCCUCCCACACGACUCACACAUCCAACAAGCUUCUGACUUGCUGCCACAAACGCUUAUACGAGUUCUCACUGUUAUUAUUCAUGCAUUUUAUUAUUUUUUUCAUUUAGCUGUUCCUCUAAUUGACCUAAAUCCUGUUGCAAAACUUCUACAUUUUCACUCCAGUGCUUCCAAAAGACCAUUUUUGGGAGAAGCUAACAAACAGUUUGAUUAUUGUCGAAGUCCCUCAGGUUCCUCCUGCUUUCCACCACAUCAGCUUCACCUGCCCUCUAACAUAUCCCACCGCUCACAGGUGCCACUGUAAACAGAUAUCGCUGUUUGCUACCACAGGUUUUAAUGUUGUGGUGUAUUUAAACUGCAGCGAACCAUCGCCCUGCUCUGCCGUGUCCCGUCGGCUCUGCGGCGCUUUUACAGCAUCUUUCGGUGCAACUUUUCUGUUUCGUUUCACUUUUCUCAGAGUGUUGUUUAUGCACACAGCAAGCUGCUAUUGUCAGGGAAAAGAAAGCUCUGAAGAUCCACCAUGCGCUACCUACGCUCAGCAGCAAAUGGCACGCAGACAGAAUGAGCAGCUCCAAAGCGGAGAUGCAUUUAGCGGUUUGAGAGCCAGACGUUUCCCUCAGACAUGAGUGAAGGCCAAAAGAAGAGGGAGCGCUGGCCAGAAACACAACACAGGCCUGGAAACGAACAACUCACCAGUUCUAAUGCUGUUAAUUGUAAUAAUGUCAUAUUCAGGUUUGAAAACAUUUUAGAUCUUCAUAUUCAUGCUCUAAACUCAGGUCACUUUCUAACUUUCUGCAUGUUUGCUGAUGUUCUGAGAACGCCUUCACGGUGGACGCAUACGUGUACAUGUACGCAGAAGAUGCUUGAACUUAAACCACAUUAAGUCUUUGCAGUGUUUCCUCUUUCUAAGCAGCUGUUAAUUGUCUGUAUAUGUAGAGAACGUGUGUGAGGACGAACGUAUAAAUGCAUUAAAACUUAAUCACUAA